CGUUUAUAACUCGACUUUUAUGGGGUUCAGGAAUUGAGUGCAUUCGUCAAACCGGAGGGCAAACACCAUGAAUAGUAUGACAAACGAUGAGACGGCGCCCCCCAUGAAAGCCAUACGGCGUCCCACCCGCCAGCUGUCCGUCCGAUUCUUGUCGAUGCGUCGGUUCGUGCGACUCAACCACACCAUUAGCCACAACACGAUUGACAUGAAGUGGAUGACCCUCACGACCGUCAACACUGAUUCGGUGAGUCCUCGCAAGUGGGGCGCCAACGAUGAGUCCAUCCAUGAGCUGAUCACAUAUGUGUCGAACAGGAAGUAUAGCAAACAACGGCUCACUUCGACUAACGGCGCCACCGAUCUGUAGUUACAUUGAGUUGACAAAUUUUUAUUAAUCAUUCAAAUAUAUGGAAAGGUAUU